AUGGCUCCCAUGAAGAUCGAAAGCCCCAAAUCGCCAGCCGAAAGACCUUCCUCGCGUGGCUCACCCGACCGGGCAAAGAAGCGCGCAAGAACACAAUCGAUGCCUCCCCCAGAGCUGCCGAGACUGGUGGCAGAGCAACAUGCUCCCAUCCCCACCAACGACAAGGACACACAGCGGCUGAUUGUCGUGCUCUGCAGCGCCACGCUCGAGACGUACAAGGCGUCACACGGAAAUGGCCGAGGCCCCGGUGCGCGCGAGGACAAAUACAACCUGCUCAACAGUGACGACCACAUUGGCGUAAUGCGGAAAAUGGGGCGCGACAUCAGCGAGGCUCGACCAGACAUAACACACCAAUGUCUCCUCACCCUGCUUGACUCGCCAAUCAACAAGGCGGGCAGGCUUCAGAUCUACAUCCACACAUCCAAGAACGUGCUCAUCCGGGUCAGCCCUACCGUGCGCAUUCCGCGUACGUUUAAGCGAUUUGCCGGUCUUAUGGUGCAGCUACUACACAGACAUCAGAUCCGGUCGACUACAUCGCAAGAGAAGCUCAUUGAGGUGAUCAAGAACCCCAUUACAGACCACCUACCACCAAACUGCCGAAAGGUAACUCUUAGCUUUGACUCGGAGGUGGUGCGAGUAAGCGACUACAUUGGAAGCCUCAACAAGGGCGAGAGCAUUGCCGUGUUUGUUGGUGCCAUGGCCAAGGGCAACGACGACUUUGCCGACGAUAUCAAGGACGACAGCAUUGCGAUUAGUCAGUUCAACCUCAGUGCCAGCGUUGCGUGCAGUAAGUUCUGUCAUGCGGCCGAGGAUGUGUGGAAUAUCUUCUAG